AUGGCGCGAGAUAGUCUGGACAUGUCUGGCUCAGAUUCGGAGUCGGAGUCUCUUUUGGACAGCAUUCCUGAUGGUUCUGUCCGGUUGUCCUCGGCGUUCAAUGGACCUACCGCGCAUCUAAUGUGGCGACCAAACUCGCACAAAUUCGAUGAUCGUAUCGUACCUCUCAGCGAACCAGCUAAGGUGGGUCGUUCGGUAGCGAAAUUCAAGCCGGCCGCGCACAAUGCAAUCUUCGACUGUAAAGUGCUUUCGCGAAACCAUGCGUUACUCUGGUAUGAGGAUGGCCGGUUCCUCAUUCAGGACACACAGAGUUCGAAUGGCACGUUUGUCAACAACGAUCGUUUGUCAAAGGGGGCCGAGGAGUCGUCCCCACGCGAGAUCUUCUCGGGUGAUAUUCUGCAAUUUGGUGUCGACGUAAUUGAGAACUCAAAGAAGGUGACGCAUGGCUGUGUAAUUGCAUUGGCACGCCUUUUUCAUCCUGAUGGAUCAGAAGCAAGACCUUUGCCGAAUGCUACAAGCGAUGCGUUCAGCUCGUUAACGUGCGGCCAACGCCAGAGUCUUGUACAAGUGGUAAUGGACGCCAUUCAGCGAGAGGCUGCUCUUCGCGAUAAGGUUCAGUCAUUGCAACUCGUAAUCGAGCAGUUAAUGCGUGCUGCCGAACAAUCCUGGGAGGCGAUGAUCGAUGAGGAACGUCUCCUUAACAAAAUCGAAUCUCUGGAAACGAAGCUAGCAGCAAUUGGCGAAAACAACCAGACCGUCGAAAUCAACAAGCUGGUUCAAGCUAAGGAGACGUAUGAGGGCGUAGCAAAGGACUCCCUCAGUUCAAUUCUCCAGGAGAAGCUUAUGACAUUGCGAAAGUGUGACGAGUUGCAAUACUUGCAGAAGAUCACAAAUGAGGAGUUGACUCAGCUGCAGACAUCUAAUGAGGCACUUAAAGGACAGCUAGCAGAGAUGGCCGAUAAAUGUGACGCAAUGAAACAGCAAAGCGAGUCUCUGCUCGAAACUCACGUACGUGAGAAAAAGGAACUUGAGUCAAAGAUCGCGCAACAUCACGAAGAGCUAAUGAAACUGACGGACAAUAUCGCUGUGUUACAAGCCGAGCUAGCGGCACAGAAACAGGCUAAUAAGCCCAAAGUUGAGUCACCUGUGAGUGAGAAAGGUCUUACGAUCGAAGAUGCAGCAAGCGAGGCUGAAGACAAAAUUUCUCUCGACUCGUUUCAGGGUGAGACAAAAAACAGUAAAGAGAUUGUACGGCUGGAAGAGACCUUGCAACAACUUAAAGCAAAACUAGCGAAGGUCGAAACGGAAAAAGCAGACCUACAGACUGAGCUCGGUGAUCAGAAGAACCUCAUCGAAGCGACCCGGGCUGAUCUAGGAUGUAAAAUCGAGUUGCAAGUCCAACUAGACAUGUUUAAGCGGGAGAACGCGCAACUCGAGCUGGAAGUAGCCAAAUACAAAGAGCAAACAAAACAACUGGAUGCCCUCGCAAAGGAAAACGCAGAACUGAAGAAACAGCAGGAACAAAUAUGGGACCUUCGUACUGCGGGCCACCAGGAACCUCCCGGUUUACAAAAGCCAAAACCAAAAAUGACUAACGUGGAUGUACAGGUUUCAGCAGCAUCGACUACCUUCGCCCCGCCUUCUGUAGCGCCGCCUGGCGCCGUCGACACAGAAUUAGCCAAGGAGUUGCGCAACCUUCAAAUUAAACUUAGUACACUGAAGCAAAGCUACGCUCGUUGCCUCGAAGAGAAGGUAGAGAUGCGUAAAGAGUUCGAUGAAAUGGCGAAAGAAUAUGGCGGUGUGGCACGCCAACUGAAUACGGUUUGCCGAAGCGCCGUUGUCCCACUAGUCAUCCUCUGUGUUGCUGUGGUCGCGGUGACGCAGCCGUUCUACAGUAUAUUCGGUUCCUCGAAGUCAUAG